CAAUUUCUCAUCUCCAAAUACCCUUUCAAUUUCCUUGGUGUUUUUCACUUGGCUUUCUCUCUCUCUAAACCCAAUAAGAGGGUACAGUUUCAAAACCCAGUCUCUUUCUUACAGAGAACUGUGCUAGUUCCAAACUAUAAGAAGGAGCUAGAUCCAUGGCAAGUCCAAGUCACUCUCUUCCAUUCUCUGUCUAAAAGUGACACAGCUCGUCAGCCAUGAAGAGGUCCCCAAGUUUAGAAGACUCUUUGGGCAGCCCUGUCUCCACAUACCCUCCCAUGACAGAUGAUGGAGUAUGGAGCUUGAAGGAUGGUUUUGAUGGGGAACCAUGUGGAGAGAUGAAGAAGAGGAGGUUGAGUGCAGAGCAAGUGAGAGAAUUGGAGAAGAGCUUUGAUGUUGAAAACAAGCUUGAGCCUGAGAGGAAGCUGAAGCUUGCUAGAGAUUUGGGGUUACAGCCGAGGCAAGUGGCCAUAUGGUUUCAGAAUAGAAGGGCGAGGUGGAAAACCAAACAGCUAGAGAGAGAAUAUGGGGUGCUUAGAGUCAGUUAUGACUCACUAAAACACAGCUUCAAAGCGUUGGAACAUGACAAGGAGAGGCUUGUAUCAGAGCUUAACCAGUUGAGAGAGAAACUAACUGAAGGAGGAAAUGUGAAGAAUGGGAGUGAAGUGAGAGAUGGAUCCGAAGAGAGCGAAGGUAGUGGCAUCGACAACAGCCCGAAUAGACCAGCCCUCAUCUCUCAUCAACUCACACUCGCUUGCUUUGCACAAGAAGAGGCUUCAGCCCCUCCUCCAACUCAUCAUCUCUCUCCUCCAACAAAACCUCCUCCUUAUUCUUACCAUCCUUUCUCUAAGGUAGAAGAUGAACAUAGCUUCAUGAUCACAGAUGGGCCUUUCAAUCUCUUCACAGUAGAGCAACCUCCCUCGUUUCCAUGGGAUUUGCAUGAUCACUGGACUUAUAAGUGAUGUGCCAAAGAUUCAUGCUGGAAAUAAAAUUCAGAGGGUUAAAAACUUGGAAAAGACUCGUUACUUUCAUGGUAAUGCAUUAAGAGUAUGAUCUUAGUUGGUUACAUGAAUACUCUUUUCCUUUUCAUUUUUUGGGGUUUAUGGGGGUUGAAUUUGAAAAAAUUAUAUUUCUCUGG